AUGGUUGCUGCAGCUAGCCAAGCCAGCGUUGAGGAUGUCUGGGAUACUUUCCAAUCCGGCAAGAUUCCAGAAACCGCCGAGCUUACAGCUCUUAAGAAGACCGCUCUGCCUGAGAAAACCUUGAACGUGACAAACUCAGUAUCGCUUUUCGGAAGGGACCCGAAGGAUGCAAGCCGGAUGCUCUUCCGGCAGAAUAUUGAUAACCGUGCUAUUGCCAAGUCCAGGAAAACCAUCAAUGAUAUCCCGAAUAAUGACGACUGGGCUAUUUACCUCAAGGCCAUCACCGAAUCGGGCUCAUCAAAAAAUAUAUCAACGCUUCCUCCAUCUUGGUCGGAUGGAAACGGGGAGCUCGGACCUGGUUUCAAACCUAUACGUCUUAUCCUGUGGGUUUGCUACAGGGUCCCCUAA